AUGCCAUACUCAGAUAUUCUGGUCACCUUACUCGAUAUAUUAGAGUUGGCCACCUGCCCAACCUUCUCUGAAUCUGAUAUUGUGUGUCUAGGAGUCAUCGUUAAGCAUUUUCUACCGGGCGACGAAGACUUCUUAAACUCCAACACGAAAUGUCUUUUCAAGCCUAUCUCCAAGGAGAACCUUAAACCGUGGAAGAUCUCAGCCUCUGAGGCUGCGGAGAUACAAAGCAAGCUGAAUAUCCCGGACUUACAUUGCACACCAAAGCCUCGGUCUAACUGGGAUAUCUCAGUCGCUCACUCGAAUAUCUCAGUCGCUACGGGAAGGGUAUUCGACUUUAUCAUGGCACAGUUCAGGUUCCGCCGCCAAGGGGAGACUCCGCUAAAGGGUACAUUCGGGUGGAAUGAGAUUGAUUACGAGGAUUUCUACGGCGGUAAUGGGGGAUUCCUCUUCUCUACGUCUGGACGAUAUAAAGGCGUUGAUACCCCAGCCUGGAGGACUUGCCUACUAGAGGAGUGGUGGAAUGGUGAAGUUCUCGCUGGACCCUCCCUCCGGCUCGUCCUCUGUACGGAUGAAUUUGGUAAGAAAGGCUGUCUACUACUAAGUGAGCUUGGAGCAAUCGCUCAGCUCAUUACGUUCCGUCGAACCCAGUCAGAGUUCCAAACCUUUCAGUUAUUCCCGGUCCUUCUGAUUUCUCUUUUUGGGCCCCGACACGGGCGGAUCAUCUAA